AUGCCUGGUCCACUACCUGUGCCCUCAACGGGAGCUACAGAUCCUCCUCCGCCUAUAAUCCUCCAAACAUCAGAUUUGGUAUCUUCACUUCCAGCUCCUUUUUUACGAUUACUCGUCCUCUUCGCUCGACCGAUAGCACUCCUUCGUAAAGCUUUGGAGGUACUCUUCUGGCGAGGUGCAAGGAGGGUUCAAAGCUGGAUGGUAGUAGGUGCAUGGUGGGCAUUGUGUUUAGGCUCAAGUCAUGCUUUCAAGUAUUUACUCCCACCACUGGUAUUCCUACCUUUCCUUCCACUAUCGAGUCUGCGAUUGAGAGCAUCUUCCAAACAACCUAUCAAGAACGCAUCAAUAGAACCUUCUACUUCGGAGACCCUUUUAAUAACCCUUUCUGACUUGAAUGCGAUAUAUGCUUUACUCCCUUCUUCACCUUAUCCGAUGACAGCCGAUGUAUACGCUAGGUUUCGACAACUUGGUCCAGCCAGACUAACGAGAGGUCUAUUAGUGAUUUGGAUAACAUGGGUCAUAUUAGGUAAAUUUAUAGGUUAUACUACUUUAUUGGGUAUACUAGGAUCAGUAUGUUUGUUAUUACCUUCACCACCUUUAGCUCAUUUGAUCAACCUGCUCUCGAAAUCAUUAUUUAUCAGAAGAUCUUUAGCUUUGAUGUUCCUGUUCGUAUUUGGAUCACCACCUGAAGAUUCAUAUCGAUUCUCUCUGAAAUCUCAUUUUUCACCGUUUGAAUGGAUGAAAUCGAAAUGGACAGUGUCGAGAAGACCUUCUUUAGCAUUUUCUUUGAAACCUAGAUUCACCACCAAAAUGAACGGACCACUACCUUCCGGAUCAGCAAUUGAUGAUUCAGACGAAGAAUCAAAUGGACUAGUAAAAACUGAACAACCUAUAUAUUUCAAGUUUGAGAUACAUGAAAAUCAAAGAUGGUGGAUGGGAUUAGAUUGGACUUCAGCUUUACUACCACAAGAAAGACCUUCAUGGUGCGAUAAUCAUCUGCAACCAGUCUCACCACCUUCUAAUUUCACUUUACCUUCCCCAACUUCCAUUGUCGUUCCGAGUCCCACUGUGAAUGACCCGAAAGCAAAGGUGACCAGAAUAACAAAUUGGAAAUGGUUAGAUGAAGAUUGGUCAAUAGUUAGACAAGGUCAAGGGUUAAAUUCAAUACAUCAUCAUAAUUCAGCAACUUCCUUCUCCGCUUCUAACACUACUUCCAACCAAAGUGUGCCUUCACCCACUAUCCCAGAACAUGAUGAUCAUGGAUUCUCACUCGCAAAUCAAUCACAGUCUAGUGGAUCAUCAAGUAGACCGACAUCAUUCAUCUCACCAUUCGGUUCAUCCCCUCCUAGAACUUCCACUGCAACGAUGGAGGAAUCACUUUCUCCCGGAGUCAGAGCUCAAUCAAUAGCGGAACAAGCAUUUACUAAAGGUCUAGAGAGACUGAAAGCUCGUACAGCAAGUGUAGCAGCAGGAGCUACCGCGGCUGCAACUCAAGCUAGCUCACCUCGAAAGAAUUCAGAUGCAACAAGACAGCGGACGAUGUCACAAGCGAGCGAGGAAUCUCAUACCGAUGACGGCCAUCAUAUCCCUCAAUCGAAUGUACAUGUACCUGUGCCCGCAGAAACCAUCGUAGAUAGAGAUGAAGCUACCGAUGGAGAUGGAUGGGUUUACGGGGAUAACAAGUGGGAAGGGAUGGGUCCAAAAGGCGGUUUAGGUAAAUUCACGAGAAGAAGACGAUGGACACGACGGGCGAUCUUAGUAGAAACAGUAAUCAAGAUGAAAACAGCGGAUGAUCCACCCAUAGUUGUACCUUCUUCAGCAGCAGGUGCGGUUUCGGUUUCGACACCGAGAUCAGGUGAAAGUACACCUGUAGCAAUGUCUUCUCCAAUGAAAUCGAAACCUGCUCCGGCUGUGAAAAGCUCAAUCCAACCAGGAGGUAAAAAUAUGACAAGAUCGACGUCGAGAGAGGCGAGAGAAGAAAAAGACAUCAAUCCAGGAAUAGUAGGAUCGACAACGGGUGCUCAAACGAGAGAUGAUGUUCUCAGAUCGAGGUUGAAGAAAGCUAUGGGUUCUGUAGGUGGUUAA